AUUGCAAGCGUGGGAGCCUCAUUCCCCCGUAACUCCCUCCCGCCUCCCUUCGCCCUCCUUCCUUCCUCGCCCGGACGGACGCACUUCCGGCGGAUGUGGAGGGCGGCCCCCGGAAACGGAAGUAGGCAGCGGGGUCGGCUGACGGUAACGAGGCUGAGAGGCUGUUCGCAGAGCGGCUGAAGAUGAAUGCCAGAGGACUUGGAUCUCAGCUAAAGGACAGUAUUCCAGUUACUGAACUUUCAGCAAGUGGACCUUUUGAAAGUCAUGAUCUUCUUCGGAAAGGUUUUUCCUGUGUGAAAAAUGAACUUUUGCCUAGUCAUCCUCUUGAAUUAUCAGAAAAAAAUUUCCAGCUCAACCAAGAUAAAAUGAAUUUUUCCACGCUGAGAAACAUCCAGGGUCUAUUUGCUCCACUAAAAUUACAGAUGGAAUUCAAGGCAGUGCAGCAGGUUCAGCGUCUUCCAUUUCUUCCAAGCUCAAACCUUUCACUGGAUAUUUUGAGGGGUAACGAUGAGACUAUUGGAUUUGAAGAUAUUCUUAAUGAUCCGUCACAAAGUGAAAUAAUGGGAGAACCACACUUGAUGGUGGAAUAUAAACUCGGUUUACUGUAAUACAUUGUGCUGUUUGUGAAAAUAGAGGGGCUGCAUCGUUUAUAGUUGUCUUUUUACUGUAAUUUGAUGUAUACAACAUUAAAAGUACUGACAGGAGAAUUUUUGCAAAAGUUGUAUCAGUGAUCGUUUGAACUUAUUUGGGUCUUUGGUUUAUGGCCAUGUGACAAUUGAAAGUACUAAAGGGAGAUGAUUUUGAAGUUCCUAAUUUAUAUGAAAACAAUAGCCUUCUAUGUAUUUAAAAAAUUGUUGCUCAUGAAUAUUAUAAUACGGUCCACAGAUUCCAAUUUAUCCUAUUUUCUAAGUAUUCCAUAAAUUUAAUUUUGAAUAACCAUUAUCAGUAGUUGAGUCUGUAAACUUUAUAGUAGCAUCUUUUAGAAUAAACAUUUGUAAUUGA